AUGGAUAGUAGCACAGUCGCUUCUGAGCCGUCCCUCUUCGACAAUGAGCUCUUCUCGGACGUCACCAUCCGCCAAACCCACUGUGGGUCAAUGAAAGAGUAUCAUGCCCACAAAGCAGUCUUGCGCAGUGGCUCGCAAUGGUUCACGAGAGCUUUGACUGGCAACUUUCAGGUAUAG